AUGGUCAAGAUAGUGGGGAUAUUUGAUGUUAUUGACCAGUCGCGGUGGGCGCAUGACAUUUGGCGCGGGUGCACCGGCGCAAUGCGGCGCGGCGCCGGCCAUGCACUUGACUCUAGCGAUGUCGAUGCAACGUCCGCUCGAUCUCUGCCACGCGUAACCCCGGCCUUCCCUCACCCUACAACUUCUCUGGCUCACCCAUCGUUUAUAUCACAGCAUCUAUAA